AUGUGCAAUGUUUACCGCCGGUUCGUGAAGGGCUUCGCGAAAAUAGCCGCUCCGCUUAACCGGAAGACGGGGAAAAAUCAACCCUUCGAGUUUGAGGUUCUUACCGAUGAGGAAUACGAGGCGUUCGUGGAACUAAAGAAGCGCCUCGUGUCCCCACCGAUCCUCGCUCUACCCCGUUACGGAAAAAAAUACACCCUGGAUACGGACGCUUGCGCGUACCAGGUCGGCUGUGCCCUACUACAGGAGCAGCCGGACGGCGACCGCCUACCGAUCGGUUAUUGGAGCCGCGCUCUCACGGACGCGGAGAGGAACUACACCACUACCGAGAAGGAAUGCCUCGCCGUCGUAUGGAGUAUUCUCACGCUUCGACCAUACCUGUAUGGGAAUACCUCCGGCCCGCUAGAGCGCUGGCGUCUCCGCCUAGCCGAGUACGACUACGACGUACAGUACCGGCCGGGUAUUAAGCACCAACUCGCGGGUGGUGUAUCACGCCUCCGAGAGGAGCAUAACCCCCGCCAAGGUACCGUACACUGGGAGACCCCCGUCGACCCGGGGAGAGCUGAGCACGCGUUCGCGGUUAUACCCGAGGAACGCGACGUCUCAUCCGUAACGGUGGAAGAGUUCCUUCGGGAACAGGCCGAGGACCCCUUCUGUAGGGCGGCCGCCGAGACUGUAGGGAACCCGGACUCGCGGUACGACGUUGACCGAUACGGGUUCGUCGUCCGCAAGUCCCCCCUCGAUGGGACCCUGCAGCGGGUUGUACCGAAGCGGCUCCGGGCGAAGAUAUUGUACCUCGCCCAUCAUCCCCGCCUAGCCGGACACCCGGGCGGUACGAGGAUGUACUAUACCCUCCGGCGGGAAUAUUAUUGGCCUCAUAUGGCCAACGACGCCUUCAGUACCGUACGGAACUGCGCGUCAUGCGCUGCCACCCGGCGAACCCUGGUGAGGCACCAGAAGGAUCUCAAGCUCUUCCCAGCGGCAGGACCGCUGGAUUUCGUCGCUAUGGACCUGCUGGGUCCUUUACUGAAGACGGCGCACGGGAAUCGCCACGUGCUCGUCAUGACCGACCGGUUUACGAAGCUGACGCGCAGCAUCCCGUUACGGACAACCACCGCGUCGGUCGUGGCAAACGCCUUCCUGGACAAUUGGGUCUACGUAUACGGCGCACCUCGUUACGUGUUAACCGAUAACGGACCACAAUUUGCCGCCAAGUUCUUCGACGCGGUGUGCGCCUUGCUGGGGGUGAGGCACUACCUGACUACCGCCUAUCACCCCCAGACAAAUGGACAAACCGAACGGUUCAACCGUACUCUGGUACAGCGCCUCCGACAUUAUGUCGCGGAGCAUCAGAGGGACUGGGACGAAUACAUCCAGCCCCUGACCUUCGCGUAUAACACGCAGGUCCACCGGUCGACGGAGACAACCCCGUUCGACCUGGUGCUGACGCGACCACCGUCCGGUUUGGCCCUACCGGGUACUGUACCGCAGGAUGCCGUCUCCAACACGGAAGAUCCGAGGACCCCGGUACAGUACAAGCGCGCGACGCUGCGUAAACUCCGCGACGCCCUUGAGCGCACGCGGGUGAAACUAACCGCGGCGCAAAGGCGAUACAAGGCCGACUUCGAUAAGAAGGUGCGUUUCCGUCCGGUCAUCGAGAAGGGAGACCGGGUCUAUGUCGACCGCCCACCUCGGCCAUUGACGAGUACCGAACGGGGAGACCUGCCAAGCAAUGACGGGGGACCCUCUGUCAAGCUUUUACCGAAAACGGAAGGCCCGUUUCCGGUCCGAUCCGCUACGGAGACCACAGUGGUCGUCGAUCAAGACGGGGUUUCAAACCGCGUGAGCAUCGACCGGAUAACCCGGAUGCCGCGGGGACCCCGCGACGUCACUGCGGCCGCCGCGACCCAGCCCGCGGCGGGCGGAGAACCCGAACCCGCCGCGGAGUAUGUGAUUGACCAUCUGGUCGGUCACCGAGAGAACCGCACAGGAACCCAGUACAAGGUCCGCUGGUAUGGCUACGCCCCAGCGGACGAUACCUGGGAACCCGCGGAGGGACUCCCCCAGGCCUUCAUAGACCGCUUCUGGCGCACGCGGGCGGCAACACGCCACCACUAA